UAUUAAAAAGGAUCAGGCCACAGCAGCCUUUCCUCCUGACAGACGGCCACCAUGGAGCUGGGGCAGCGUCUCUCCGUUUGUGUGCUGCUGACACUUUGUACUGCAUGGAGUGCAAAUGGAGGAAACAUUUUGGUGUGGUACACUGAAGGCAGCCACUGGAUUAACAUGAAGCCUGUGCUGGAGACACUGAUUAACAGAGGACACAAGGUGACGGUCCUGGUCCCGAGCUCGUCGAUAUACAUGAACAGCAGUGAAACUUCCCGCUUUCACUACGAACCCUUUGACGUUUCCGUCUCAAUGAAGGAAAUGGAGGAGUUUCUUGAGGAGUACCUUCGCUUCUCCAUGUAUGAGAUGGAUCAAAUGAACUACUUGCAGAUUUAUAUCAGAUUCGCAGAUCUGAUGAAGACCGACCUGCAAUAUUCUUUGCAGUUUUUGGACGGUGUGCUGAAAUCAGAAACGAUCAUGAGGAAGCUGAAGGAGGGAAACUAUGACCUUCUCCUGGCUGACCCCAUCUACCCUGGCAGUGAUUUAGUAGCAGAUAUCUUGGGCAUCCCUCUGGUCUUCUCUCUGCGCUUUUCCUUGGCCAAUAACUGGGAGAGGCAGUGUGGUCAGCUACCCGCUCCACCUUCCUUUGUCCCUGGCGCUAUGAGCAAACUUACAGACAAGAUGGACUUCUCAGAGAGAGUGUGGAACUUUCUCUUCUAUGUACUGCAGGACCUCCUGAUGGAUAACAUGUUUUGGACAGUUUUAGAUAAAUAUUACUCCGAAGUCAAAGGGACUCCCACCAGUGCCUGUGAGAUGAUGGGAAGGGCAGACAUCUGGUUGAUACGAACCUACUGGGAUUUUGAGUUCCCUCGUCCUUUCCUCCCCAACUUCAAAUACGUUGGUGGGAUCCACUGUAGACCUGCUGAACCUUUGCCAGAGGAUAUGGAAGAAUUUGUGCAGAGUUCAGGAGAUGCUGGUAUUGUGGUCUUCACACUGGGAUCUAUGAUCAAGAACAUCACCACAGAGAAGGGAAACAUGAUCGCCUCAGCCCUCGCUCAGAUCCCACAAAAGGUGCUCUGGAGACACAGUGGAGAAAAGCCAGAGACUCUGGGUACCAACACCAGAAUAUACAACUGGAUCCCUCAGAAUGACCUGCUGGGUCACCCCAAGACCAGAGCUUUCAUCACCCAUGGGGGAACAAAUGGGAUUUAUGAGGCCAUCUACCAUGGUGUUCCCAUGGUGGGCAUCCCCAUGUUCGCUGACCAGCCAGACAACAUGGUCCAUAUGAAGGCCAAGGGUGCUGCACUUAUCGUGGACUUAAACUCCAUGAAGACUGAGGAUCUUAGAGACGCAAUCAAUACCGUCAUCAAUGACAAAUCGUACAAGGAGAACACCAUGCAACUGUCCAGUAUCCACCAUGACAGACCCAUCACUGCUAAGGAUGAGGCCAUAUUCUGGAUCGAGUUCACCAUGAGAAACAAGGGGGCCAAGCACUUGAGGGUCCACGCCCAUGAGCUCACCUGGUACCAGUAUCACAGCCUGGAUGUUCUGGCUGUUGUUCUCGCUGUCCUUCUGCUCCUCACAUUCCUCUUCAUGAAGACCUGCUGUUUCUGCUUUCGGAGGUGCUGUGUCAGAAAGGGAAAGACAAAGAAAAAGGCUGAGUAAUGGACUGAAUUGAAAUGCAACUGGUGAAGUGAUGGCCGUAAAUACAAAAUUCAGUGGUUGUCUUGUCGAUCUUAAGCAUAUAAUGUAACCACCAUGUCCUGAAUUUGAAUUUGUGUCCAGGGAUCAGUAAUCUUCACCAUUUUGAAAUAGUAAAGUAAAACAUUUCAGUCAUGGAAAUAGCAGGUGGAAGGAUUUUAUUGUUUGUUUCACUUGUUUUACCAUAAACUCAAAAAGUAAAACCUCUUAACACUCUACAUAGACAAAUAAAUAGCAUGUAUUUGCAUUCCA